AUGUCCAUCGAGGAGACAGUCCACCCCGGCCCUCCAAGCCCUGAGCUCGAAAAACCACAACAAGAUGGCAUCGUUCUCAUUCCUACGCCUCUAGAUGACCCCCGAGAUCCCUUGAACUGGCCAUUUCGCAAGAAAUGUGGAAUGGUUGCUGUUUUAUCUAUUGCAAUGUUUGCUGGAUAUUCAGCUCCAUUCUGUGGCCAGCUAAACUUGGUCCAACAAGCAAAGCUUUAUCACAAAACAACUGUUCAAAUCACCUACUUUAACUCGGCCGCUUCUGCAGGUCUAGCAAGUGGAGGAUUCUUCUAUUCGCCACUUGCUCAUAAGUUUGGACGCUCUUGUGUAAUCCUCUUUGCGUUGCUUGGAUGUCUCGCAGCCCAGAUAUGGGCGCCGAAGAUGACCAAACAGGGCGACUACUGGUCCUACUUUGGUUCCAGAUUCCUUGCCGGCUUCUUUGGAAUGGUAACCAGUGUUCUCGGUCCAAAAUACUUGGUCGACUUGUUCUUCCUUCAUCAACGAGGCCGAGUCUUCACCAUCCUCCAUUUGGCUUUGAAUUUUGGCGCAUCGGCUGGACCAACCUUUUCCGGCUUCAUUGCCGCCAACCGCUACUGGCCAGUUGAGUACUGGUGGUCUGUGGGCUUGCUUGCAUUUACAGCUAUUCUGGUAUUUUGUUUCCUGGAAGAGACCUCAUUCGAUCGCUCUGAAGGGGCCAUCAACCUGACACCACCAGAAAGUUGGAUUGCCAACCGUAUCCAAACUUUCUUCCCUUUCCUGCCCGGAAGCAAUAGUGUGAUCAAGCCAACAACUUUGGUUGAAACGGCCAAAGUUGCCAUCUUGCCAUUCAAAAUCGCCUUGUCUCCGGUCCUACUUACAGUGGCUGGUUUUGAUACCAUCAGUUUUGGAUUUUAUGUGGCCUUGAACGCUUUGACUCCCGUAUGGCUCCAGAAGCCUAAGAAACAUGGUGGUUAUGGUUUUACCAUUACAGAAAAUGCUUGUUUCACAUUUGUACAUUGGAUUGGCUUUAUCUUCGGACUGGUAUAUGGACAAUUUGUCAGUGACAGAAUCCCACUUUGGAUCGCCAAGCGUCACGGAGGAGUCUGGAAACCCGAGUAUCGUCUCCACGCCCUCUGGCUUACCAACUUCUUUAUGAUGCCGGUGGGACUUGGGCUUGUGGGUGCUGCCUUGAUGUACAAAUUGCACUGGGUUGUCUUUGCACUCGGCCAGAUCUUCGUUACUAUUGGAUCCAUGGUUAGCAUUCCAGUAACCGUCAAUUACAUUGCCGAGUGCUUCCGAUCUCACACCGUCGAGGCCACGAUUCCUGUUAACUCUAUGCGUCUCUUCCUCGGACUAUCAAUCAACUUCUAUGCAACCCAAUGGAUUGCUAAGACCAAUAUUGGCUGGUUCUAUGGCAUGAUGGCGUUCUUCUCCCUUUUCGCAUUUUUCUUCCUCAUUCUCCUAAUGUGGAAGGGACAUGUCAUUCGCUCAUGGACACCAUUUAGUCUGGGGUCUGAUGAAGAGGGAGAGCAUGUGGUAGCGGACAAAAAUAUACAUGCUGCAUAA